GGUGCACGGAGACAGGCGGUGGCUACGACGGCGAGGGGAGCUGAAACCGUGUCUGGGCAGCCCGGCUAGGCCAGGAGGACCAUGUGAAUGGGGCCAGAGGGCUCCUGGGCUGGGCAGAUCAAGAAAUGGAGGGAGGCUUAGAGAGGUUUAGUAACUUGUCAGUAAGUGACUGGGGACUGAACUUGGCUCACUAUGGCAUGGACAGGGUGAGCUGCAGACUCCCAGAAAUUUGAAUAAAGCAGCAUGGCUUGCCAGACUGGACCAUGGGCUGUAGCUGCAGCUCAAACCCUGAAGAUGACUGGAUGGAAAACAUCGAUGUAUGUGAGAACUGCCAUUACCCUAUAGUCCCGCUGGAUAGCAAGGCCAUGCUGCCCAUCCGGAAUGGCUCUGAGGUUCGGGAUCCACUGGUCACUUAUGAGGGCUCCAAUCCCCCAGCCUCCCCACUGCAAGACAACCUGGUUAUUGCCUUGCAUAGCUAUGAGCCCUCUCACGACGGAGACCUGGGCUUCGAGAAGGGCGAACAGCUCCGCAUCCUGGAACAGAUCGGCGAGUGGUGGAAGGCACAGUCCCUGACCACUGGUCAGGAAGGUUUCAUCCCUUUCAACUUCGUCGCGAAAGCCAACAGCCUGGAGCCUGAACCCUGGUUCUUCAAGAACCUCAGCCGCAGGGACGCUGAGAGGCAGCUCCUGGCGCCCGGGAACACGCACGGCUCCUUCCUGAUCCGGGAAAGCGAGAGCACGGCGGGUUCAUUUUCCCUGUCGGUCCGGGACUUCGACCAGAACCAGGGAGAGGUGGUGAAACAUUACAAGAUCCGUAACCUGGACAAAGGCGGCUUCUACAUCUCCCCGCGCAUCACUUUUCCCGGCCUGCACGAGCUGGUCCGCCAUUACACCAAUGCUCCGGAUGGUUUGUGCACGCGGUUGAGUCGCCCCUGCCAGACGCAGAAGCCCCAGAAGCCGUGGUGGGAGGACGAGUGGGAGGUUCCCAGGGAGACGCUGAAGCUGGUGGAGCGGCUGGGGGCUGGCCAGUUCGGGGAGGUGUGGAUGGGGUACUACAACGGGCACACAAAGGUGGCAGUGAAGAGCCUGAAACAGGGCAGCAUGUCCCCCGACGCCUUCCUCGCAGAGGCCAACCUCAUGAAGCAGCUCCAACACCAGCGGUUGGUCCGGCUGUACGCGGUGGUCACCCAGGAGCCCAUCUACAUCAUCACGGAAUACAUGGAGAACGGGAGCCUGGUGGAUUUCCUCAAGACCACCCCAGGCAUCAAGCUGACCAUCAACAAACUCUUGGACAUGGCAGCCCAAAUUGCAGAGGGCAUGGCAUUCAUUGAAGAGCGAAAUUAUAUCCAUCGUGACCUGAGGGCUGCCAACAUCCUAGUGUCUGACACCCUGAGCUGCAAGAUCGCAGACUUUGGCCUAGCACGCCUCAUUGAGGACAAUGAGUACACAGCCAAAGAGGGGGCCAAGUUUCCCAUUAAGUGGACGGCGCCAGAAGCCAUUAACUACGGGAUCUUCACCAUCAAGUCAGACGUAUGGUCUUUUGGGAUCCUGCUGACAGAGAUCGUCACCCACGGCCGCAUCCCUUACCCAGGGAUGACCAAUCCUGAGGUGAUUCAGAACCUGGAGCGAGGCUACCGCAUGGUGCGCCCUGACAACUGUCCAGAAGAACUGUACCACCUCAUGAUGCUGUGCUGGAAAGAGCGCCCAGAGGACAGGCCCACCUUUGACUACCUGCGCAGUGUGCUGGAGGACUUUUUCACGGCCACAGAGGGCCAGUACCAGCCCCAGCCCUGAGAGGCCCAGCUGGCCGGGGCCUGGAGCCUUCCCCACACCUAGCCUACCUGGCUGGGGCAGCUGCAGCUCUUGUGCCAUACCCAUGUGGCAUAUGGACCCUGCACAUGAAUCCCACCCACCCGUGACCCAUACACUUCUUGUGUCUUACACACGGGUUCUGUGGUUGUGUGGGCUCUGCACAUGUGUCUUAUACACAUGUGGCCUGUGCAUAUCUGUCCUGGACACCUGUCCAAUUUGUUCCUUUCUGGGUCCUCCUGCUUCCCAAGACCACCAGAGAGGAGCAAGGCCUGUGAUUGACAUCAGCUUCUGCCUGCCCCCUUUUCCUUUUUCCUGGUCAUCAAGAAGCUCCUUGAGGGCCAGGACUUUAUCUAAUACCUCUGUGUGCCUGGCACACAUCAGGUGCCUGGCACACAUCAGGAG